GGCGGGAGCGCGGCGCCCAGGGUGCUGAGUCUCUUUCCUCAGUUUACCCCGCGAGCGAAAAAAGGAAAGGAUUGUCAAAGGCUCCCGGAUGUUGAGCGGCCUGGGGAUCCGGCUUCACUGUGUUGCCGUAGGACGUCUUCCUGGUUUUGCAUCGCAUCAGGACUUUGCUAGAGUUUUUUCUUAAAACCUCAUCUUGACAACCUCUGCUGUGGUGCAUGUCCAGGCCUUGGGCGCUCUGAAUCUGCACUUCCUAAGUUGGCAUCGGAGAGAACUGAACCGAAGCCCACGGCGCAUGACCCAGGAGUAGAAGAGGGGAAUGGACUGCUAAAGUGGGAGGAGUGGUGCACAGGGGGCACCCCCAUGCUGCCCUGCUUCCAGCUGCUGCGCAUAGGGGGCGGCAGGGGCGGUGAUCUCUAUACCUUCCACCCCCCAUCCAAGUCUGGCUGCACCUAUCGGUUGGGCUGCAGGGCUGACCUGUGUGAUGUGGCCCUGCGGCCCCAGCAGGAGCCUGGCCUCAUCUCUGGGGUCCAUGCAGAACUGCAUGCUGAACUCCAAGGGGACGACUGGAGGGUCAGCCUGGAGGAUCACAGCAGCCAAGGGACUUUGGUCAAUAAUGUCCGACUCCCAAGGGGACACAGGCUGGAGUUGAGUGACGGUGACCUCCUGACCUUUGGCCCCGAAGGGCAAGCAGGAACCAGCUCCUCCGAAUUCUACUUCAUGUUCCAACAAGUCCGGGUCAAACCUCAGGACUUUGCCGCCAUCACGGUCCCUCGGUCCAAGGGAAAAACUGGGGCCGGUUUCCAGCCCAUGCUGCCCCCACAAGGGGCACCUCAGAGGCCACUCAGCACCCUCUCCUCUGCCCCCAAGGCCACACUGAUUCUCAAUUCCAUCGGCAGCCUCAGCAAGCUGCAGCCCCAGCCUCUCACCUUCUCCCGUGGCGGUGGCCGGCAGCAGAGCCUGGCCGUUCCCACUCAGCCAGGGGAAGUGGGAGCUUCACCCGCUCCACCCACAAGAAACCGGAGGAAAUCGGCUCAUAAAGUGUUGGCAGAACUGGAUGAUGAGAGUGAGGCUUCCCCGGGGCACCUUUCAGUCCUGAUGGAGCCCAGGAAGAAGCUGCGUUUGGAGAAAACGGCUCUGAUAUCCAGUGGGGAAUGACCACAGGGAGAGGUCCACUGCUAGAGAAGACUGACUCAAGGCUGGAGAGCACUAUGGCUGAAGUGACAGGAAAAAGAGCUGCAGCCUCCAAGUUAAGUAACAAGGAGUAAAGCCCCGUUUCCACAAACACCAGGAUCCUACAGUUAGAGCAUCAAUCACAGGAACCAUCCCUGAAGGCAUUAAGAAGGGGUGCUAAAUGUCUUCUUAUUUUGCUGAGGCCAGCAUACCAGGCAAGUCCCCUGUACUGAGCACCCACCCUAACCCUAAUGUUCUUGAACGGCAUCGGCUAACGCACCCUGGACGACCCAGAGCACAGCCCCAAGGUUUCGCUCAUGCCAAGGCUAGCUAAUCCUGCCACCAACUAGGUAUUUGUGACUGGCUCUUCGGAGCUUUGCCUUUGAUUUCCAAAUAAAGAAUAAACUGCUUCACCUACA